AUGGCGGGCCCGCGGCUGGAGCCCGAGCUGGCCAGGCAGCUCUUCUUCGAGGGCGCCGCGGUCGUGGUGCUGGGCGUGCCCCAGGGCACCGAGUUCGGCAUCGACUACAGCACCUGGGCCGUGGGCCCCAGGUUCCGCGGCGUCAAGAUGAUCCCGCCGGGCGUCCAUUUCCUGCACUGCAGCGCGGGGCGGGCGGGCGGCGGCCGGGAGACGGGCCCGCGCACCGGCUUCUUCCUCAGCCUGCAGCGGCGGGAGGUGCGGGUGCUGCGGUGGGACGCGGCCAGCGAGGCGGUGGGCCUGGCGCCCGCGGGGGAGGCCGAGGCCUUCCGAGAGAACCUGCGGGAGAUGGACCGGUUCCUCGGGCCCUAUCCCUACGAGACCCUGAAGAAGUGGGUCUCCCUCACCAGCUUCAUCAGCGAAGCGGCGAUGAAGAAGCUGCAGCCGGAGAGCGGGCGGAUCUGCGCCUUCUCGGAGGUGCUGCCGGUCGUGGCCGGGCGGCACACCAGAGACCGGGCCGAGCAGCGCUUGCCCGCCUUCGACGCCGCGUGCCGGAGCUACGCCGAAGGCAUGGCACGGCUGCCCCGGAUGAAGCCGAAAGCCGGCACCGAGAUCAGGUUCACGGAGCUGCCGAAGCAGACGUACCCCAGUGGUGCUACUCCCGAGGAGAUCACCAGGCACAGCAUGGACCUCAGCUAUGCUCUAGAGAAGGUGAUUAACCAGCGAUACGCCAGCCAGCCUCUGGGUCUGCUUGCUGAGUUGCAGUUUGCUUUCAUCUGCUUCCUGAUCGGGAACGUAUAUGAUGCGUUUGAGCACUGGAAAAGACUCUUAAACAUCCUGUGCCGCUCUGAAAAUGCCAUAGGGAAGUAUCAAGACCUUUACGUCAAUCUCAUUUCUGUGCUGUAUCACCAGCUCAGUGAAAUCCCAGCUGAUUUUUUUGUGGACAUUGUCUCCCAGGACAACUUUUUAACCAGCACCUUACAGGUGUUUUUUUCCUACACGUGCAGUGCUGCUGUUGAUGGGACCCUAAGGACAAAGGCUGAAAAAUUCAAGGCUCACCUAACGAAGAAGUUUAAAUGGGACUUUGAAGCAGAGCCUGAUGACUGCGCUCCUGUAGUGGUAGAACUUCCUGAGGGCGUGCAGGUGGACUAAGCAAAAUGCUCGCUUAGAAACAAACAGCUUUUUAAAAUAACUCUUUCUCCACAUCUUCUCCAACCUUGCCAGCUUCCUAAAGUCUGUUUCUGAAGCUGACUCCUCUUUCUGCUGUAGAAGCAGAUGUGGAAAACCGAGGAGGAUUCCUAACUUUGCAAGGAGACCAGAAUUAUUGGAGGAGUUUGAGUAUUGUCACAUUGCUACUUCGGACACCUUGGUUUUUUCUCUAGCUCUUCUGCAGCAUCUCCUCAUUCUGUACUCAGCUGACCUCUAGAUCCCUGGUCCCUUCCAUCCUCCUGGGCUGGAGGUGACACCCUGUUUGGAGAGCGUCUGUGGUUUACGCUUCAAGCCUUUGCUGCUCCGAUUUGAUGCCUUCUGAGCGAGGAGUGUAAGCCGCCCACAUAAC